UGUCACUGUCACCUCCAGGGGGGCCCCAGUCAUGUCAUGUUGAUUUCAUCAAAAUAUUUGUAAAAUAAUUUGAUAAAUAAAUAAAUAAUAAAAAGAAAAAGACAAUUUUCCAAAUUAAUAAAAUUAUUAUAAGCUAAAUUAAAGUGGUUUUUAGUGAUGUGCGUUAAAAAGUGAAACACGUUUUUGUUGGGACCUAAAGUGGACUUUGUUUAAAUUUCAUUUCCUGGGAAUUAUUUAUUUUGUUUAAGAAAUAAUGCCUCCGCCUCCUCCACCGCCCCCAGGGCCACCGCCGCCACCCGGCCCUCCUCCAGCACCGUCUUUUGGCGGUCUACCAAAACUGAGCGGCAAAGGUGGAGCCGAUGAUAGAGGCGCUUUGCUCAUUUCUAUCAGGCAGGGGUGCGAAACUGAAAAAGACCGUCACUGUCGAUAAAAGUGCACCAAUGAUACCAGGCAAAACGGGCAACAGUGCGGCCUCCCAACAAACCACCAGCUCAAACUCCAGUUCCAACAGUACCGCUCCGAGCGGAAUGCCCUUGGCAGGACUAUUUGCCGGAGGCAUGCCCAAAUUGAAGGCCACUGGCCGGCCCGGUGCUUCCACACUGAAUACUUCCAGUAAUAACAACAGCGAGUCUGAAGGUAGUGCUAAGGUGACGGCGACACCGAAGAACUUUGGCAGCGUUCAGGACCAGUUGAAGAGGCAACUGACCAAUCCGAGCGAUACGAGGACCAGGGGGCCUCCGCCUCCCGCUCCGAUGAGACAUAUAUCGGCCGACGACUCGAGACCUGCCGCACCGAUCCACCAAAGGGUGCUCAGCGCCACCAGUUCGAACGGUCUUCACUUGAUUCACGGCAACGUAUCGUCGCUUCAUCCCAACGUUUCGACCCUUCAUCGGAAAUCGAAAAGUAACGCUAACCUCAGCUCGCUGGAUUGUACGGAUAAUAGUGCCGCUAUUGUGGGAGGGUUUCAACCAAGCAGCAAACCAGUGAUUAAUCAUGGGAAACCGAAUUUGGCACCGAAACCGCCCACUCUAAACGGUAAACCCGCUCCGCCGACCAAACUAUCGGUGAAAACUAAUAGGAGCAUCAACCGCGCCCAAAGUAUGAGAUCGCCUCGAUCUCCAUCUCCUGCCGGUUCUUCACCUAUCGAAGCCAAUAGCAUCAAAUUUGGAACAGUGAGAAAUAUGAGCUCCAUUAUAGGACAGUCUUUGACGAAUUUGAAUUCACAGCCCGGUACUCCCAGUAUUAAACAAAGACCACAACUGACGACCCGACCGACGGUACCUCCGCCGUCGGUUCCGCCACCGGCGGCGCCUUCUCCGAAAGUGGCGUCGGUUAAACCGCCCAGCCACGCGCCGCCGCCACCGCCUGGCGGAUUACCGCAACCGCCCGUUCACGCUCCUCCACCGCCGCCACACAAAACUCAGCAGAGUUUGCCGCAGCCGAGCAGACCACCGCCAGCGAUACCAACAAACAAUAUCAACAACAAUAACAACAACGUGAAUCCACCGCCUCCGCCGCCCCGGCACUCGUCGAUGCGUGACGUCAACAACCACCACCAGCCGCCGCGCAGAACCGUCGUGGAUUUGGAGGAGAAAUUCCGAAGUGCCUUUUGUACUCCGGACAGGUUUCCCAGGCCUCCGCCCUAUAGAAACGUGCUAAAGCUCUAUUCGAACCGACAAGCCAGCAUCAGCAAACAGCAAGCGCCCCAACCUCCACACCAGCUGCAGCUGCAACCAGUAAACAAGUUGUGGAACGCCACGUCGACCUGUUAGCAUUUAGCUCGGUAAUCCGAACAUUUCAUCCGUUAAUCCGAAUUUUCAUCCAUUACUCCGAACAUGCAUCCGUUAAUCCGAACACAUUUAGAUUUAGGACAUUGCCAAAUUGCCAAUGUCAAUUGUCAGAUUUUGCGUCCGUUUCAACUAGGAAUGUUUGGUAUCCCUGUCUCUGUCGUACUUGUUUUCAAAUAGAAACAUCCAGCUACAUGUAAUGUGGAUUGGAUUUGGUCCACCAAUUUGACUUUUGGGAAGUGGUGCGAAUCCAAGGUUCCUGAAGUUAAUAGGUUGUACCACACAAUGGGAAACAGAUGACGUCAUCUGGGGUGACUAAUGGAGAUUUGCAUUAUGUUAAGGCACGUCAGAUGACGUCAUGAGAGUUAUCACUCUUUCAAAUAACCGAAUCCAAAUGAGUUUGACAGUUGACGGUUAAAGCAUAAUAGGUUUGUUCGGAUUUAGUUCAGAAUCAGUUCUGAACUGAACUAUGCGCUUGCGCAUUUGUUUAUAUACAGUGUGUUUCAAAAGUCUGGGAACGGUCAAAUAUUUCCAUAGCGGCUUGAAAUAGAAUUACGAAAUUUUCUGCAUAUGGGUAAUUAAUUAUGCCCGAUUCAGUGAUGACAUCGACAAUGUUGCCAAUUUAACCGCUUUUCAGAUAAUGUAGGUAACUUCGUUUUUUUAAAUAGGAAUACCACUUUAUUUUCAUUGCAAUAAAUUCAGCGCUCUAUUGUUAUUAAAACCUCUUGAUAUCAGGUUCCUAUUUUAGACGGUUCCUGAAAUAUUGCAACACAGCCUUUUUGUUCAAAAGUCUGGGAACGGUCAAAUAUUUCCAGAGCGGCUUGAAAUAGAAUUACGAAAUUUUCUGCAUAUGGGUAAUUAAUGAUACCCGAUUCAAUAAUGACAUCGACAAUGUUGCCAAGUCUACCGGUUUCCAGAUAAUGUAGGUAACUUCGUUUUUUUUUAAAUAGGAAUGCCACUUUAUUUUCAUUGCAAUAAAUUGGGCGCUCUAUUGUUAUUAAAACUUCUUCAUAUUUUGUCCCUAUUUUACACGGUUUCUGAAAUAUGACAACACAGCCUUUUUGUUCAAAAGUCUUGGAACGGUCAAAUAUUUCCAGAGCAGCAUGAAAUAAAAUUACGAAAUGUUCUGCAGAGGGGUGAAUAAUGAUGCCCCAUUCAAUGAUGACGUCGAGAAUGUUGCCAAGUUUACAGAUUUUCAGAUAAUGUAGGUAACUUCGUUUUUAAAUUUAAAUUUUUUUUAACAACGUGACAACAUUGUAGAGAUAAUCUCUGCCAGGAUAUUAAUGUAAAAAAAAAUGGCAAAUUCAAUUUUUUUGCAAGCAUUUCAUUUAUUUCCACCUGUUUAGGUUUGUUAUUCGCUUUUAAACAAUGUAAAAUGUAAAUAAUAAUUUUCAUUUUUAUUUUUAUCACUUUACUAGUAAAAAUAAAAAAUGUGCCGUUUUCUUAAAUUGUGAAUUGCACUCAAUGACAUUUUUGCACUGAACAUUCAAGAGGAAAAAAUUUACAAACUUACACUUCCCAUAUCAGGCAAUCUUUAUAAAACGGGCACAAUGUUCUUUCAUCAGGUGGGUGCCCUUCUAUCAUUGAGCCUUCUAUUGGGAAAUUUUUCCCUGUAAAUUCUGGCGGCUAAAUGAGAAUUUUGCAACAACGAUUCUGCCUUGACAAGUAUCUGCAUAUUCGACGUUUGUGAAAAUUUUAUUUUCAACCACCUAUUCUUUUUUGUGCUAUGUUGCAAAAUGUUUAUAUACCGAAUUACGAGUGAAGGUGUCAUGUUUUUUCAAUUUUUUAUUAUUGUUGUUGACUAAAAAUGCUUUAUUACUUAAUAAUUGAAUGAGUUAAUUUUUUUUUGAUCUCAUAAUGAAUUAAUUUUUUUUAUCUUUCAAAUAUUCGUCAAAAAAUGUCUUAAACUUCGAUAGCCUUUUUCUUAAAAAUGGUUGAGUUUGGACCUCAUGUUGUAAAAACUUUUUUUGUUCAAAAUGGGCCAUAUUUUCAAGUGUUAAAACUUUUGUAGACAAACCUGAUACACCCUGUAUAAAAUAUCAAUUUAUACUCGACAACCAGUUUUUUUAGUGACAUUUCAGCCGGUUUUAUUGAGAUAGAUAGAUUUUCCUGGGUUAAUAUUUUCUCAAAUGUCGAACUCACUCACAGAAAAUGUAAUCCUAUUUUUAGUCGUUCUGAAAAUUUGACUGUUCCUAGACUGAACAAAAAGGCUGUGUUGCAAUAUCUCAGAAAUCGUGUUAAAUAGGAACAUAAUAUCAAGAGGUUUUAAUAAGAAUAGAGCGCCGAAUUUAUUGCAAUGAAAAUAAAGUGGUAUUCCUUUUUAAAAAACGAAGUUACCUACAUUAUCUGCAAAUCAGUAGACCUGGCAACAUUGUCGAUGUCAUCAUUGCAUCGGGCAUCAUUAGUUACCCAUAUGCAGAACAUUUCGUAAUUCUAUUUCAAGCUUAGAUCAUAAUAUAUAUAUGUUAUUCACAUAUGGAUACAGCAAUUCCCUCUGAAAUAACAUACGUUCCUGUUUCCAACAUGAAGACGUGCUUUUUUCCAUUUAUCUCUUUCAUAGCCUCAUGAAUGAUAUAAAUUUAUCUGUCUUUUGUUUCACCUUCUGAGCAUGCGCAGUUAGGAGUAAUAACAUACGUCUUUGCUAAUUUACUCAAUUUUCAACAUUGCCAAAUUGAUUAAUAUUGUAUAAGCUUUGAUAUUUCUUCACAUUUCCCCUAAUUAUAAAAUUGUUUGCUAGAAGCAAAAUCACAUAAUAAAAAUAGCAUUUAUUUUAGAUUUCAAGCAAUUCAAGAUUCAAAAGUAAAUAAAUAUCAAUUAUUUUAUUGUAGUAUUCUUAUUGAAAAAAUGAUUUGGCAACAUUGGCAACCCUCGCUUAAUUGUCGAUUGUUUUGAUUUCUGCUUUCUGCCGGUUUUGCCAUUUGCUUUCGAUAUUUCGAAUAGAGCAAUAUAUAUUCUUAGUUAAUUUUAAAAGCCAUUGCAAUAGAAGCAACUCUGCCAGUAAAAACAGAAGCAAAAAAAGCCAAACGUAUCUAGAAAGACUUGGUAGAUAGGUAUAUGUAUAUAUUUUAUUCACUUAUCAAUCACUUGCAUAGCAUAAUUGAAAUAUGAGAAUAGAAAUCACUCGACUCGACAGCAUUUUUUGAACUGUAAACAAUACUAUUUUUCCACCAGUUUAAGUUGUCAGUAAAUCAAUAUAUUAUAAAAAUUCCAUCAAACUCCCCUUAAGCUGGAGUCUCCUUCUCCUUACGCAGAGUAAAUGUAAACAAAUGAACUUUACCUUAUAUUUUCUCUGCCACUUUUCCAAAUUUGCGGCCAAUAAGAGGCCAUGCAAGACAAAAGAAAGAUAAAGCUCAUAGGAGAUCUGCGUGUUAAAGAAAGAAAGACGAUUUAAGUAUGUCUUGGAUAUGUUGUCAACAUAAUUGUUGGCUUUCGCUGUAUCCAUAUGUGAACAACAUAUACAGGGUGUCCGGUAAGUAUAUGGCAUACUCUCGGGAGCGUAUAGGAGGGGUCAAAAUAACCCUAUUUUGUUAUAAAAAAAAAAUCCUAAAGUGCCCCUUAACCGAGAUACAGAGCCCCAAAAGAGUACUUGGCUAUUAACAUUUUUGGCUCUAACUUUUGAACCGACUUGUAUAAUUUAAUGAAGUUUUAAUAUUUUAUGUUGGCCAUAAAGACUCAUAAAACCAUACUACAGUAGAUGUUUCACAUAGUCUGGGAAGUCAGGAACGGACUUGCCACCAUAUACAUUUUGCCAAAUUUUUGACAGUAGUCAUUUUACAGAGCUGAAAACUGAUUUUUUAAAUACUUUGCUAAUUUUUCUUCAAAAAAGGUGCUCUACAUUUGUUUCGAUUUAAUCAGCUGUUUCCGAGAAAAUUAGGAUUUUGUAUAACACGUUUAAUCAUUUACUUUCGAAAUUCAUUUAAUAAUCAAGUUUAUUCUAGAGUUAGAAAAACAGGUAGAAGUUGACUUAUAAAAAGUACCUAAAACCGAACCUUUUUGCCAAAAAAGGUACUUUUUAUAAGUCAAUUUCUUCUGUCUGUUUUUCUUAUCUAGGAUCAACUUGAUUAUUUAAAUAAAUUUUGAAGGUAAAUGAUUAGACGUGUUAUACAAAAUCCUAAUUUUUUCGGAAACGACUGAUUUAAUCGAAACAAAUGUAGGCAACCUUUUUUGAAGAAAAAUGACCAAAGUAUUUAAAAAAUCAGUUUUCAGCUUUGUAAAAUGACUCCUGUCAAAAAUUUGGCACAAUGAAUAUAGAGGCAAGUCCGUUCCUGACUUCCCAGAUUAUGUGAAACAUCUGCUGUAGUAUGGUUUUAUGAGCCUUUAUGGCCAACAUAAAAUAUUAAAACUUCAUUAAAUUAUACAAGUCGGUUCAAAAGUUACAGCCAAAAAUGUGAAUCGCCAAGUACUCUUUUGGGGCUCUAUAUCUCCGUUCAGGGGCACUUUAGGAAUUUUUUUUAAUAACAAAGUAGGGUUAUUUUUACCCCUCCUAUACACUCCCGAGAGUAUGCCAUAUACUUACCGGACACCCUGUAGGUAUAUAUGAUCUAAGAUUUCAAGCCGCUCUGGAAAUAUUUGACCGUUCCCAGACUUUUGAACCAAAAGUCUGAUAUUUGUGGGUUUUUAUAGCUCGAUUAAAACACAGUUUGCUGUUAUUUUAAUAACUUUAAUCUUAGGAAAAACGUGAACAGAAAUCAACGACACUUUCGCUUUCUAUACAAUGCAAAACCCUAACUCGCUUGGCAACACAGCAAAAGCUGUCACGUGUAAUUUACAAGUGGUGCCAUCUAUUGACGAGAGGCCAAAGCUAAGUAAUUACAGGUUUCAGUACAGGUUAUAUGUGAGAAGGAAUCCUUAACACUCCCCCUCAAUUUAAAUGUCAAUACAAUAAUUAAUUAUAUACUUACAUUACAAAACAAAACAAAAUUUAUAUGAAUAUGAAUAAAUCAUGGAAUAAAUCAAUACACCAACAUUACAUACAUUAACAUUGUUACAUUAUUCAAUUUAAAAAUGAAAAAUAAAAGAAACUCAAAUAAAUAAAUUUAAACUCAAAUAAAUACAUUUAAAUUGUUAAUAAGUAGGUAGUUAUUAGGUAUACAAAGUUGAAAUAAAGAAAUUAUCAUAUUUAUUAACUUAUGCAUACAAAAAAAAAAUUAUACUCAAAUAUGCUGAUAAAUCCAGAUUGAAAGAAAAUUAUUGUUUUAAAAGCAUAGACCGAAAACAAUGAAAUUUUGCUUUCCCCAAUGCCUUUGUUAAUAUAUCAGCACAGAUUUCCUUAGAACUGAUGUAAGAAAUGGAUAACUGUUUUUUCAUGCAAAGAUCCUUAAUAAAAUGAUAUUUAAUUUCAAUGUGUUUGCUUCUUUUAGAGUUAACAAAACUUUUUAUCAUUGAAAUUGCACUGAGGUUAUCAAUUUUCAAAAUCACUUGAUUAGACUCACCAUACUCUGAUAAAAGUCCCUUCAGGUUCAUCAGUUUUUGAGCUGCAAAACCAGCUGCAACAUAUUCAGCCUCCAUUGAUGACUGUGCCACACAGCCCUGUUUUCUUGAGUGCCAUGCAAUCAAAUUGCCUGCAUGGAAACAAACAAAGCCACUGACAAUUUUCCUAGUCAUUCGGUCACCACCCCAAACUGCGUCGCACAUGGACUCCAUACCACCUUCGCCUUUCUUGUAAAAUAAACCAAAUGUUUUUGUGGAAUUCAAAUAGCGUAAAAUGCGCUUCCCUGCAUUCCAAGCUGACAUAGUAGGCUUGUCUAGGAAUCUACUUAGAUAUGAGACGCUGUAGGAAAUGUCUGGUCUACUUACAAGAGAAAUAUACAUAAGGCUGCAUAUUAGUCUCCUAUAUGGAAGCUCUUCAGAUACUAUAGGCUCAUCUAUAUCGAUUUGAAAAUUUAUUUCCAUUGGGGUAGAUAUUGGUCGAGUUUCUCCCAUGUUAAACUCUUUCAACAGUCUUGAUAUCAUCUUUGUUUGGGUAAUUUUAAAUCCAUGGUCUGUGUUGUACAAUUCCAUUCUAUUCUACUUCGUUUUUGAAAUAAAAACAGAAGUCAUACUGUGACCUUUGGAACUUUAGGUCAAGCAUGACUUCAUUGAAUCUUAUAUUCCAGCAUUUUGGUGCAGUUCUCAACCCAUACAAAGCACGAUUUAGUUUCUGGUAUUUUGAGCUACUUUCAACACCUUCUGGUGUUUUAAUAUAAACAUUUGUGUCCAAGGCUCCAUUCAGAAAUGCUGUUGGUACAUCAAUUUGUUGAAUUUUUUCUAGGUUCUUUGUACCGAUAUAGAGAAUAACAAUCGGAUUGUUUGCAAUCUACAAACUGGAGCAUAGGAAAACUCUUCACCUGUAUUUGGCAACUGAAAUCCUCUAGCAACCAAACGAGCCUUUUUAGUUCCAUCAUCUUUUUGUUUGAAGACCCAUUUUGUGUCUAUUGGUAGUUCCCCUUCAGGCAAUUUUUCACAUGCACUCCAUGUUUGUAGUUUUAUGUGUGAUUGUAUUUCGCUAUUUAUAGCCUGUUGCCAACUUUGAAGUUCUUUUGCCUAUUUGUAUGUUUUAGGUUCAUCAUUGCUUCCAGUGAGUAGACAGUAUGCUUGAUAUAUUUCAUAGUCUUCAAGAUGUUUUGGUUGUGUUACUUGUCUUCCAGACCUGGUAAAAAUUUCUUCAUUAUCUUCACUUGAACUACCACUAUGACUUUCUUGUUCGUCUUCCCUUUCUUCUUCUCUUUCUGGUGCUUCAGGUUGAUUGUCAUCUUGUGUUCUAUUGUGUUCAUCUUCUCCCAUUUCUUCUAUGGACUGUACUUUUAUAUCUGAGGUACUGGUCUUUUUUUCAAGCUUAUAUUCCAUAACUGUUUCAUCGAAUCGGACAUCACGUGACUUAAUAAUUUUAUCUUGCUCAGGUAAGUACAACCGGUAGCCUCCACCACAGUAACCAACCAUUACUGCUCUUCUUGCCUUUGGGCUAAGUUUAUCCUGUUUUGGCAACACUGUAAACCAUGUUCUGCACCCAAAAAUUUUUAGCUUGCUAAUAUCAUUUCUUUUAUGCCCCAAUUUUGAUGGAGUUUCUCCUUUUGGAAGUGCAGUAGUGGGGGUACGAUUUAGUUCAUAUGCUGAACAUCUUAACGCUUCACCCCAGAGUUUCUUUGGCAUUCCUGAGUCUAUGAUUUUUGUCCUGAUCAUAUUAAGUAAGGUUCUGUUUAGUCUUUCUGACUUCCCAUUCAUCUGAGGAGAGUAUGCCAUGGUGUAUUCAAGUUUUAUACCCUUUUGUUUACAAAAAAUUUGGAAAAUUUUGGAUUUGAACUCCCAUUCAUCUGAGGAGAGUAUGCCAUGGUGUAUUCAAGUUUUAUACCCUUUUGUUUACAAAAAAUUUGGAAAAUUUUGGAUGUGAACUCUCCACCAUUGUCUAGCCGUAUACGUCUAACUUUAGAGGCAUGUUGGGUUUCUAGCUCAGCUAUAUAUUCUUUUAGAUUGUCUUCUGCUUCGUUUUUAUUAUGUAAAAUCUUGACAACAACAAAAUGUGAAUAGUCAUCCAGGAUUACUUGGAAAUACUUUCCACCAUCCAUUGUUAUUGGUGAAAUAGGUCCACAUAUGUCGCUGUGGAUUAGUUCUCCUAAGGCCUGUGCUUUUCUUUCAUUUGGUUUAAAGGGAGAUCUUGUCGCCUUUGCUUCAAUGCAAGUUGUGCAAACUUUGUCAGAUGUCUUCAGCCCAAGUUGAGCCAAUGCAUCUCUACCAGCAUGCCCAAACCUCCUAUGCCACAGAUCAUUGUUGCAGGUAACAUUACUGUGCUCUUCUUUCAUUAUACUGUCUGCAGAAAGUACAUAGAGUCCCCUUUGAUUCUGACACACCAAUGAAAAAUUUCUUCCACUAAUUGUAGUUUUAUUGCUUUCAACUAAUAUUUGGUGACCUCUUGAAGUUAAUUUAGAAGCAGAUAAAAGAUUAUGUUUAAUAUUUGGUACAAUAAGUGCCUCAAUAUUUAGAGGAUGACCUUGAAUUUUCAAUUUCAAAGUACCAAGUCUAUUUGUUUUCAACACUUCACCGUUUGCGAUUUGAAUACACACAGGAACACUUAAUAUUUUAAUGUCAGUCAUAUAAUUGGCUAAGCUUUCUUGUACAAAAUGAUUCCUGGCGCAAGAGUCUAGAACAAAACAUAUUUUGUCACUUACUGCCACAGACUUAUCUUCGGUUGAAAUAUUUGCCCCUUCGCAAGCAGCGUAGAGGAGAAUAGCUUCUUCUUCUGCAGUUGCAGUAUUGGCCUGAUAUUUAUAAUUGCCCCGACCGCCAGAUCUAUAUCCACGUCCUCUUCCUCUUCUUCUUGGAAACGAGCUCCUAUUUGAAUGUUGUUGGGAGUGGGACUGAGAGCCAGAUUGAAAGGUAUUUUUUCUAGGACAUGAAGCUUGGAAAUGUUGUGGACUUCCACAAAUGUAACAGCACUUUGAAGACGCAGCAUUGAAGCUUACUUCAUUUAUCUGCUUAUUUGAGUUAUCAAACUUUGAAUUUAACUUAUUUUCCUCAUCGAGGAGCCGAGCUUUGACGAAAUCAAUUUUGACGUUUGACACAGUUUCCAAAGCUGUUACAACAGUGUCGUAUUUUGAUGGUAAUGCUAGCAAGAGAUGACACACCUUGUCCCCUUCAUCGAUAUUUGAUCCAAGUUCUUUCAAUUUCCUAAUUAUAGUGUCAAAUUUCAAGAACAAGUCUUCUAGUUUUUCUUCUGAGCCUGACUGCAAUUGUAUGAGUUUUCUCCACAAUGAAAGUUUGGUGAAGGUACUGGUUCUUACGAAGACUUCUUUCAAAGCAUGUAUUUGUUGUUUGGCUGUGACACAAUCCUUUAUUAUGUCUAGAUGUUUAUCAGACACACCUUGAACUCUUGAACUAUUAUUGAUUGUGCCCUGGCAUCAGCCCUCUUAAACUUAUUUCUCACCUCUUCGGUUGCUGUUAUUGGUGGGGGAUCAUCCAGAGCAUUUUCACACUGUUCACGCUUGAACAAAGUCGUGAUUCUAAAAUGCCAAUUAUUGAAGUUGUUUCCUUUUAAUAUUGGAACCGAUACACUAUUUAAUCCUGACAUUUUUGCCUGUUUUCCAGAAGCACACUUUUUUUAGGUUAUGUAUCACAAUGUUUAUUGAAACUUUUUGGAUUUUCACUUUUGAUUGUUCAGCAAAGAGACUGGGCCCAUAACCUGAUAUUUGUGGGUUUUUAUAACUCGAUUAAAACACAGUUUGCUGUUAUUUUAAUAACUUUAAUCUUAGGAAAAACGUGAACAGAAAUCAACGACACUUUCGCUUUAGCCCCAUACAAUGCAAAACCCUAACUCGCUUGGCAACACAGCAUAAGCUGUCAUGUGUAAUUUACAAGUGGUGCCAUCUAUUGACGAGAGGCCAAAGCUAAGUAAUUACAGGUUUCAGUACAGGUUAUAUGUGAGAAGGAAUCCUUAACAAAGUCUGUGCUGCCAUAUUUCAGAAACCGUGUGAGAUAGGGACAGGAUAUCAAGAGGUUUUAAUAACAAUAGAGCACCAAAUCUAUUGCAAUGAAAAUAGGGUAGUAUUCCUAUUUAAAAAAACGAAGUUACCUACAUUAUCUGGAAACCGGUAGACUUGGCAACAUUAUUGAUGUUAUCAUUGAAUCCAUUAGUUAUGCAUAUGCAGAAAAUUUCGUAAUUCUAUUUCAAGCCGCUAUGGAAACAUUUGAUCGUUCCCAGACUUUUGAAACACACUGUAUGUUCGAUCUGAACAAAUACGCAAGCGCAGUCCAAUUCAGAACUGAUUCUGAACUAAUUCCGGAUAAACCUAUUAUUCAUCUGUCAACUGUCAAAAGGGCGCAUUGAGGACAAAAUUGCAAUAAAAUCGAAAUCGCGAUGAGAUCAGUCCAAUGGAAGAAAACGGUUUCCUGAGUUUUGAGUGUUAGUCAAAUCAAACGACUUUUUUUAAAGUUUAACCCAAAUUGUAUUAUUUUUCGAAGCUUUACUUUACGCAACUGUUUGCCAUAUAUAAAAUGGAACUUUACUGUAAAUUUUACACAACUGGUGAAGUUUUUAAAUCACUUUUUUUGAAGUAUGUAUUAAUAGUUAUUUAUACACCAAGUGAGUUAAAUGAAUGUUUAUUCAUGAGAAGAAUUCGAAUGAAUAAAACAUUCUAACACACGUGAUGUAUACAAAAUUUUAUCCCAUUUUGUGGAAAUUUAAAAAAUAAAGUACAAAGAAAAAUGCUGAGAGUGAGUUAAAAAUAUUUUAAAUCACUGAGGUUUCAGAUUUUUAGUUGGGCAGAGUGAUUUAAAAUGCCGAGAGUGAGUUAAAAUGUUUUUAAAUCACUGAGGUGAUAAACUUCUACUUACCUUUAUUGUUAUGCGUUCAAUAAUGUCAUUUUUAAACAUCAAAAUGGGAUAAAGAGAUUUACACAGUUUUAGAUAUAAUGUAUUGAGGUAAUUUAUGUUUCCUUCGAAGAAUUUACUUCACGCGUUUUAUAUUAGGUUUAUUUUUUAAUUGAAUGCCUUUUUUUUUAUAAUUUUCUUGAUUGUUAUUUACCUAUAUAUGUAUUUUCAGGAAAUUUGCCUCAUUUUGUGUCAUGGUCACACUUCGUUGGCGUUAACAAAUUGGUACUUUUUUUUUUUUGUAAAAUAUCAAAUUAUAUGAUUGAUUUAAACAAUGGAAUUAAGGAAAUUAACUUUUAGGCACAAAAUUUCCCCCCAUUUAUCAAUGGUUGUGAGUAAAACUCAAACUUUCAGCGUCAUUUAGUAAUUUAUCUAUUGCAGUGCCUAGAUUAAGAUGUUAGUAAAUUAGAUAGGUAGGUAUUUUUAAUUAAUUUUUUAUAAAUAACAUUGUACAGUCGUGUUCAAUAAUUUAUUGUAAACCCCUUCCUAUAAUUUGUUUAGAAUCAGAAUGCGGACUUUUGGUAGUAUUUGGAUUGAUUCAAUCAAUGAAUCUCACAUUAUUUGCAAUACAAUGUAUAGCAGUGCAAUACUUAAUACUUUAUUGAACACAACUGUACAAAUUCAUAAUAGGUAUGGAAGGAACUUUUGAAAUAAAAUAAUUCUUUAAC